AUGAGCUGCCAAAUCCUAGUUGCAUAUGUAUGCAGAUCUGUAUAUGGAAUAGCAAUGAUUUUCAGCCAAGCUUCCAUGACUCCAAAGGAAAGAGAGUGUCAUGAACCACGUACUUUGCACUUUGCCCCUGACCACGAAUCCCCGACUAUUCGAAUGUUCUGGAAUCUCAUGCUGAGAUUCAACAACGCCAGUGUCCAGAACCUUCCAGGACCUUCCAAGACUAUCCACGCAACGAACCUCCGCUUCCAAGAGAUUAGUAAUCAUGACUCGUUUCCAAGUAUCUCCGACGCCAAGCAAUUAGUAAUCAUGACUCAUGGGUUUCGGCCACCCACGUUCCUGACAGAGAGCAUAUCAGAUGCCAAUAUCUUCAGAAGCGACAUCGUCUGGAAAGACCGUUGUUUUAACCUCGUUACGCACAUAUUAAUUAUGCCAGACAAUAAAGAUUUUUCUCUAUGCUUUGAAAUCUUUAAGAGACGUGGAAAUUAAGAAAACCAAAAGCCAAUAAAAAACUCUAGCGUGUUCAUCUACUGGUAGACACAGUCUUUUCAG